ACGGAGGACGGACGCACCUGCUUCUCUCCCACUAACCGUUUCUUCACAAGGGACACCGCGAUCUUCACAAGCAGAAUUUGUCUACCACAUGGAGUUUUUCAUCUGGUCUUCUAUCUCAGUCCACAUUUGCUGAAGUUUUCGCAAGUGUAAAUAAAGAUAUGAUGAUGCGUUUCGUGAAGGUGUAUCACUGACGCGCAUCUCGCUCAGUCUCCGGCAGGAUCAUAAUGAUGGAAUAGGCGUUUCUCUUUCUUCUCCUCCACAAUGGGAUUAUUUCAACUUUGUUUAGCGUUUUGCACCGUCGGAGUUUUGCAUGGUUUCGGGGUUGACCCAGCAUUACAUGUGGACGUCUUCCAGGAGUUUGAUGGAUUGAGGUCAAGUGCUGGAGUUUCCCAAGUGGAGGGUUUCCACAAUGAGAGCCGAGCUUAUCUUUUUGAAGGCUCAUUAAGAAAUGCGAAAGCUUCCAUUAAGGGAGCCGAAAGAAUUCUUCAGAAGUUGAGAGGAAGAACAGAGUUUACUGUACUGCUGACCAUCAAACAGGAGAAAUUCAGCUCGGGAGUGCUGCUGUCUAUCCACUAUGGAGAACAGAGGUUUCUGGAGAUAGAGAGCAGCGGUCUUCGCAAUGAGAUCCGUCUCUUCUUCCAAAGUUCAGACCAGCGGCAGCAGAAAGAGGUUUUCCCCUACAGUCUAGCAGAUGGACACUGGCACAAAGUCUCUCUGGCAUUCAGUGCCACCCAGUUGGUGCUCCAUAUUGACUGCAACAGAAUUUAUGAAAGGAUUGUGGAGUUGCCAUCUAUGGACUUUCCCAGAGGAACGAACGUCUGGCUCGGUCAAAGAAACGACGCCCACGGGUUCUUCAGGGGUGUGAUGCAGGAUGUUCAACUGGUGGUCUUGCCUCACGGAUACAUCGUCCAGUGUCCAGAUCUCAACCGCACAUGUCCCACAUGCAAUGAUUUCCAUGGCUUGGUUCAGAAGAUUAUGGAGCUUCAAGAUAUUUUGGCUAAAACAUCAAACAAGUUGACACUCGCAGAAGAGAAGAUGAAGUACCUGGAUGGCUGUUACUGUGAAAGGACCUGCAACCUGAAUGGAGAGAUAUACAGGGAGGAUGAUGCCUGGAUAGACGGAUGCAGAAACUGUACAUGCUCGAAUGGCACAGUUGAGUGUGAGAGUAUUUUCUGCCCACCACCUCAGUGCCCCCCUGACACAGCUCCAAUCUACAUGCCUGGAGCAUGCUGUAAAGAGUGCCAGCCCGUAUGUCUGUUCAGGGGAAGAGUGUACGUGGAGGGCGACCGAAAAAGCAUCCACGACUCCGAGGGAAACUGCCUGCUGUUCGAAUGCAGGGAAAGAAGCAUGCGAAGAGUUGAAAUCUUGUCCUGUCCGGUGCUCAACUGUCCCGAGUCAGAGCAGAUCACACUUUCAGACCGCUGUUGCAAAGUGUGCAGAGGGCACGAUUUUUGCACCGAGGAUCACGGCCGCAAUUGCAUUGAGAACUCUGACUGCAUUAAUCUGGAAGCUGGAGCUUAUUGUAGUUGCAAGGAAGGUUACCAUCCGCUCCGAGACGACAGCGCCUACUGCCAAGAUAUUGAUGAGUGUGCAGAGGGGAAACACUACUGCAGAGAAUACACAAUGUGCAUGAACACGCCCGGCACAUUUAUGUGCGUGUGUCACACCGGCUACGUUCGAAUUGAUGAUUACUCCUGCACAGAGCGUGACGAGUGUGUGCAAGAAAUGAACACCUGUGAUGAGAACGCUCUUUGCUUCAAUACUGUUGGUGGACACAGUUGCUCCUGUAAACCGGGGUACGUGGGUAAUGGCACUAUCUGCAAAGCGCUCUGUGAGGGCCAGUGUCUCAAUGGCGGCUCUUGCAUGGAUCCUGAUACCUGUGUCUGCCAACAGGGCUUUACUGGAAAAAGAUGCGAGACAGACAUCGACGAGUGCUUAGAUGGAUUCGUGGAAUGUGACAGUCGGGCCAUUUGCAUCAACCUGCCGGGAUGGUACCACUGCGAGUGCCGGGAUGGUUACCAUGACAACGGAAUGUUCUCAGCCAAUGGAGAGUCAUGUGAAGACAUUGACGAAUGUGAGUCAGGGAGGCACACAUGUGCUAAUGACACCGUGUGCUUCAACGUGGAUGGCGGUUUUGACUGCCGGUGUCCACACGGCAAGAACUGCACGGGCGACUGCGCACAUGAUGGGAAAGUUAAGCACAACGGGCAGAUCUGGGUGCUGGAUGACGACAGGUGCUCGGUCUGCUCCUGCCGGUCGGGGUUAGUGACGUGUAGGCGAAUGGUGUGCGACUGUGAGAAUCCCACAGUGGAUGUGAUGUGCUGUCCUGAAUGCGAUCCUCGCCUGAGCUCCCAGUGCUUGCACCAGAAUGGUCUGUUAGCUUACAGCAAUGGAGAAACCUGGGUGGAGAACUGCCAGCAGUGUCAGUGCAUGCGCGGAGAGGUGGACUGUUGGCCCGUGCCGUGUUCUCCGGUGCCUGACUGUGAGUUUACAGUGGUUCCCGAGGGCGAGUGCUGUCCGCGCUGUGUCAUCGACCCCUGCCUGGCCGACACUGUCCGAAACGAUAUGACCAAGACCUGCGUGGACGAGUACGGAAUCACUCGCUUCAGCGGCUCCGCUUGGACCAAACACGGCACAGAAUGUUCCAUGUGCCAGUGCAAGAACGGUCACAUCUGUUGCUCUGUCGAUCCUCUGUGCCUCUAAUCCUAUUCAAAGGCAAAAUUCCUGACCUGCUAUCUCCCCAAUUAACCUCUCUCUCUCUCUCUAUCCCUCCCUCCCUCUUUUACUCUUCUUUUGUCUGUUCCUCUCUUUCAGUCACUGUCUCGGCUUUCUGUACAGUUUCAACCCACUAAGAAGAAUGUUUUAUACCAAAUCUACAUGUGUAUUAUAACACUAUCAUUAUACAGAUAGGUGACACAUCAUUAAAGCACUCUAUUCAGCCUUUAUAAAAAAAGCAUCAUUACAGCUUUGAGCAGUGUUAAAAUUUUGCUUGCCGCAUUUGAUAAUGUAUUAGUCAUUUUUCAAUAUUUUAUUGUCAGUUUCAUGGGAAUUCACGGCACAGUAUUCUGAUGUUUAGGCACAUUUUUGCAAGUCCCAUUCAAUUUUCAUGUUUCAAUGUUGAAACUGCAUCGAAAAAUAAAGGUUAACUUAUUGUUGAUCGCAGUGUUUUUGCUUGAUGGGUUCAGAUGACUGCAGACUUUAUGAAAUACUCCAAUUGUGUCUUAACCCGAUGUGACGUGAUGAAGCGAUAAACACUUUGAGAUUAAAUUUUUGGGGACAACUGGGAGGACAUUUUGUGAAAGGCUGUGUUAGCCCCGCCCACUGUGAGAUGUCAUUGGUCAAAAGUCCUGCUUCAUUAAGCGAACAACAAAUAUCUUUAAAGGAACUGAUUGGCUAUUUUCACGUUGCAUAGCAGUUUAGCAUGAACAGACUUAUUACUUAUCGCUAGAAACGCAUCGCAUCUGUUUAAGACAUGGUGUUUAACUUUAUUUGUAAAUGACCUGCAGGCGUUACCAGGUGUAGCGCUUACAACGUUUAGUAUUUAUAGUUGUUCCGCUCCCUUCUGGGACAAAUAUGAUCUUGAUGUUGUGACUAGUUUAUUUAAUGUGUUUGUUUUACACGUCUUUUGAAAUCUGUCCUUAUUUUAAUGGGUUACACCUUUAGUAAAAUUGAUGUUUUGUUUUUUCAGUGGCUUGGUGCACUAUUGUGUCAUAGUGAAAUAAAAGAUUUCCAUUG